UAGAGACAUUCAACAUGAUCAACCCCUGCAAGAUCCGUUCGUACAAAUCUGGCCAUCUUCUUGAUGAAACUUCGGGGAGGGGACUCGAACCGCAUUCUCUCUACAUUGUUUAAUAUUUCCAAAUCCAGUGUUCACAGAAGCAUAAAGUCAAUCAGAACAUCUUUGAUGAAUGGCAGAUUUGUUAAAGAAAAUCUUGGAUUUGGUCAUAUCACAAGAGAAACGGUCAUCCAACAACAUAUUCGACCACUGGCCCAGACUCUUUUUGGUGAUGCAGCAACCCAGCAGGCCAUACUAGUCCUAGACGGAACAUACAUCUACAUCAAUAAGAGUGGUAACUUUAAGUUUCAGAGACAAUCAUUUAGUUUACACAAAGGCAGGCCCUUAGUCAAACCACUUGUAAUUGUGUCAACGACUGGAUACUUCAUCUCUGUUAUGGGUCCUUACAUCGCAAAGAACAAUGAUGCCACCAUCUUAAAUCAUGUCAUGAAAACCAACAUUGAGGACAUUUGCAAUUGGGUCAGAGAGGAAGAUAUUUUUGUCAUUGACAGAGGAUUCUGGGACUCUCUGGACUUCCUUGAGGAGAUAGGAAUACAAGCACAGAUGCCAUCCUUCAUGACAAAGGGAGAGAAACAGAUGCCAACUGAAAAUGCAAACUCCAGUCGACUUGUAACAAAGAUCUGGUGGGUUGUUGAAUCGGCCAAUGCCCGAAUUAAACAUUGGCGUUAUUUAGGAAAAAUUCUCCCAUCAAACCAAAAUCCGCACAUUGGGGACUUUGUCCGCAUUGUGUGUGCCAUAUUUAACAGGCAUGUACUUUUUGUAUAUCACUACAUAUAAUAGUACAUGUAUUUAUAUAAAGGUAUUAAUUAAAAUAUGCAUAUAUAUUCUAUACUCUUAUAAGCU